GCGACGCUUGUUGGAGUUUAGACAAGCUGAGGGAGCAAAAUGGCGGACGAUGAUAUUACGCUUGAUGGAAAACCUCUACAAUCGCUCCGAGUCGCGGAUUUGAAAGCUGCUUUGGAGGAAAGAAACCUUCCGAAGAGCGGACAGAAAAAUACGCUAAUAAAGCGACUGAAAGGGGCUCUGAUGCUGGAAAACCUGCAGAGAUCAUCAUCCUCUCACAGUGGACUGCAGCCCAACUCACAGAUAGGAGAGGAGAUGUGCCAGAACAGCUUCAUCAAACAGUAUCUGGCCAAACAGCAGGAGCUCCUCCGCCAGAGACUGGAGAGAGAGGCCCAGCAGGAAGAAGAAGCUGAUGAAAGCCCAGCAGUGGCAGAGGAGGAUGAUGAUGACCAUUCAGAGGACAAUGACAGCUCUGCCUAUGUCUCUGACAAACAUCGCCUCUUGCCCUCCCAACCUCCAGGAGAGCCAUAUGCAGGCCAUGGAAUGAUGAUGUUUAGCCCUGACAUGGGUUCUGGUCCCGGUUUGCAUUCCCAUGAGUCCAGAGAGGCCCCAGAAGCUCGGAUGCAGCGUUCCACUUUUCGCCAGGGGCGCAAAGAACCACAAGCCCCCUCUCCUCCUCGCGCCGUGGCUUCCCUGUCAGUGCGUGUUUUGGGCCAGCCAGACCGCCAGAGCCUGCCCCCCACUGUGCCCCGCACCCAAGAGAAGGCAGGUACCACUGCACCCAGCGAGCCAGGAUCAGCCCACCCUGUCCUGCACCUCAGCCGAUCUGCCGGGGUCCCGGUCUGCGAUGAGGACAGUGAUGAAGAUGAGGCUAGUGAUGACGAGAGUGAGGAUGAUGAUGACUGGGGUCCCGGUGCUGGUGGAGCUAAAAGGGCCAGCAGGGUCCCUCCUCAGCCUCAACAGAUACCCCCCAGUGUACUGUCGAGAUCCAAACGCAAGCUUCAACCUCCACAGCACAUCCCACCUCCACCACCACAGGUCCAGCAGACCCCAAUGCAGCUGCGUCACCCGACUCCUCCCCCCUCUCCACCACCAAACCUGUUCCCCUUCCCUGACACUCCACCAGACAACCACGAAAGAGAAGGCCCUGAAGCUGUUCAUGGUUCAGCUUUCCCUCCUUCUGCUUUGCAGAGACAGGACUCUGACUCCAGCUCACGGUCAAGCAGCCCAGAACCCCCCAUUAAGCGCAGACCAGGACCCCUGUCUCUGCUUGUACACAAGAUGGAGAAAGAGGGAGCUUUCCAUGAGGCUGAGGCCGCCUCCAUUGCUGACGCGUCUGGAGACCAGGCACACUCCGCUACCGGUUUCAAUGAGUCUCCUAUGCAGAGACUGGAGAGAAAGAGGCAUCAGGAGAGCAGAGAGGAGAAAGGACGAGAACAGAACCAGCAGCAGGAGGAGGAGGAGAGAAGAAGAAAGGCACAAGAAGAAGAGAGAGAGAGGAAACAUCUGGAAGAGGAGAAGGAAAAAGAGAGGAAACGGCUAGAAGAAGAAGAGAAACGAAGUCAGAGGGAGGAGCAGAAACAAAAGAACGAGGAGAAACGGCAAGAAGAGGAGGCGAGGAAGAAAAGACAGGAGGCAGUCGACAAAGACCCUAAGAGGAGCCAAGUGGAAGUCCCAGAGUCAGGCUCCUCAUCAGAUUCUGACUCCAAAUCAGACUCAUCUUCACAUUCGUCACAGUCAUCCUCCUCAGGGGACAAAUCCCUUCCAGCAAGGCAGCUCAAGAAGGCAGAAGCAGAACAAGAGCCAGAUGGUGAUAAAAAGAAGGCCCUGGGUAAAGUGGGGGAGAAAGAACACCUCACAAAAAGAGAGGUGUCGGAGCCCAGCACAGCUGCCAUCACAGAGGUGGAUACGGACUCGGAGGGCCCCAUGGCCCAGCAGCCGGCCUCUGGGGCAGAGCCGGAGAACAGCGAGGUUCACCUGGAGGAGAGCACCACUCCUAAGGCUUUCGCCGCUCGCAAGAUCUCCUUGACUAGCAGCAAGACGUCUCCAGCCACCACAGAGGGGGGAGCAGGAGAACCGGAAAUGGGAACUGCAGCAGGGAGGAAGAGGCGAUGGGGCUCGAGCACAGCGGUCACUGCCAAGAAGCCCUCCUUCAGCAUCACCACCGACUCACUGAAGUCUUUAAUCCCAGACAUCAAAGUAAACCAGGAGGCCGUGGUGGAGCUUCACCCAGAGGAGCUCCAACUCUCUGGGGACGAAGAGAACCUGGACCCCAGCCGAGACGACCAGGACAAGGGUCUGAAGAUUCGACGAACAGUCACACAGGUUGUCCCAAGCAACAGUCAGGAGAAUGGACAGGGGAACGAAGAGGAAGACAUGGACAAAACGGACAGAGAAAAACGGCGGACUUCCAAGGAUAGGAGGAAGAAUAGUCUUUCAGAGGACACCAUGGAAACACAGACAUCUGCCAAACUCGACGGAGAGGCCACCAAAGUGACCCCCAGUGACAGCUUGGUCCGUCGAUCCAUCAGUCAGCAGAAGUCUGGUGUGUCCGUCACCAUCGACGACCCUAUCCGCACAAACAGGCAGCUGUCGCCACCUCGUGGAAAAGUCUCAAAUAUCAUUCAUGUGACCAAUCUGGUUCGACCAUUCACUCUGGGCCAACUCAAAGAACUGCUGAACCGCACAGGCAGUGUGGUGGAGGACGGAUUCUGGAUCGACAAGAUCAAGUCUCACUGCUACGUCACGUAUUCUACGGCAGAGGAGGCCGCGUCCACCAGGGACGCUCUUCAUGGAGUCAAAUGGCCUCAAAGCAAUCCCAAGGUGCUCAGCGUGGACUUCUGUGAACAGGAUGAGCUGGACUUUCACAAAGGCAUCCUCAAACCAGACCGGGAGCAGGACAACGCUGCCCAGCCUGGAGGCGGUCCUCAGCCCCGGCUGCCCCCACUCAUGCCUGAACGAGAUAGAGAUCGAGACAGGGACAGAGACAGGGACCGGGACCGGGAAAGGGACCGGGGCGCGGCAGGAGGAGUCCGGGACCUGUGGGCGGAGCGGGAACGGGAGAUGGAGCGCAGAGAGAGGGCCAGGGGUGAGCGAGAGUGGGACCGGGACAAAGUGAGGGAGUUCGCCAGACCGGGAGAGGAGGGAAGACGAUCCAGAUCCAGAGACCGAGAGAGGAGGAGGAGAGAGAGGGCGAAGAGCAAAGAGAGGAAGACUGACAAGAAGGAGAAAGGCGACGAGCCUCCAGCCAAACUGCUCGAUGACCUGUUCCUGAAAACCAAAGCAGCUCCGUGUAUAUACUGGCUUCCCCUCACAGAUGAGCAGGCGGCGCAGAGGGUUCUGGACCGCACCAAGCGCCAAAAGGAACGCGAACAAAGACGCAAAGAGCAGGAGGAGGAGGACAAGAAGCGGGAAGAGGAGAAGAAGGAGCGGCUGAGGGGCAGAGAGAAGGAUGUCGCUGUGACGACCGCGGGCGGCGGAGGAACCGGCGGCCGGGGACCCGACGGGGACCGAGACCGGGACCGGGACCGAAGCGGCCGAGACAGAGAGGGGGACAGGAAGAGGGACGGUGGCGGAGGUGGCAGCGGCGGCGGACACCGUCCCAGGCGACUGUCGGUGGGUAACGGCCGCCGCUCUCGUAGCCGUAGCAACCCCAGGGAUAGACGCCGCUGAGGAACAGGCAGCUGUAGAGAGAUAGGGGGCGCGUUGUAGCAGAGGACGCAAAGGAUUCUGGGAAGGAUGUUCCAUUUGGUGACACGUUUCAGGUUGAGGACUUUGUGUUGUCUCGUCUGUCUGCCCCCCCGUCGUACUUUAAUUCGUCCACUUUGACGCCAGCGUUGUCUUCCACACACUUAACCCACCUCGUAGAUGUCCAUUUCCACAGUCAAUGUUUAACGGCUAAAUAACGGCGCUCGCUCUUCUUCUGUGGUCUUCCAGAAGCCCUGUCCCCGCUAGUCCCCCACAGAAGAAAAGAAGCAGAAAGAAGGGUGUGUGUGUGUGUGUGUUUUUGGCUCUUCAGCAUUUUGUCCCGUUGAGGUUUUGGGAACCCGCCUCUUAAUUUAGUCCUGCGGGUGCACACAGUUCCUUCCUCCUCUUCCUCAGACCCUGUAAUAAAACCGGUCCAAAAUAGAUCCCUGACCUUCACAUAUUUCCUCCAAUCAUUUUUAGCUUUCUAGUAUUCAGCGCAGAGAUUUCUUUUAUACCAAAUUUACAGUUUUUAAGUUGCAUUGAAUUUUUAUGAAUCAUCCUUUUUUGUUUUUGUUCUUUUUUUUUUGUGGAGACAGACGGAGGGUUGUUGAUUCCCACAAAAACUACAACUGGUACAAAAGUCUUGACACUGUAAAACCUGUGAAGUGUGUGAUAGGGCACCUUUUUGACUUUAGUGGCUGUUUUUUCUUCCUUUUUUUUUUUUUUUUUUGGAUGAGAAGGGGAGCGGUAGGAUUAACAUGGAGGUUCUUUUCUGUAAUAAUUACAGGAAGCUGAGCUUUUCCUGCACUGGUGUCUGUCUGGAAAUACCUCCUUGUGACCUUUCAAUCAUAUAUAUAUUUAAUAGGAACUAAAGAAGUUUGUCUUCUAAUAGAGUAAUGGUUACAUUGGGUAUAUUUUUAAUUUUAUGUUUUUUUGUUGAAAGUUUUUCUUCCUGCAAGUGCUGAAUGUAAGGAGAAUUUAAAAAAUGAAUAAAUUUAAAUUGGUUAUCA